AUGGCAAAGGAGAACAUGCGACAUUUGGCAGCGUUGGAUGGUAACAGAGUGGAAAAUAAACAGUUUCUUGAGCUUCUCAAGGAUACCUUACUUAGCCCUCGGUUCAACAGCAGCACUCCGUUCUCUACCGAUAAAGGUCCAGGUGCGUUAAAUGACGACAAGAUGCGUGUUUUGCUUUCCAAAGCUAGAUUUGAGUGGUUGGACGUGAUGUCAAAUCCUGCGGCAUCAUACCAAGAUCUGGUGGAUGCUCAUUGGUAUUGUGGAGUUGAUUACCGUGAACGCUGCAGAGAGCUGAAAUACGGGUUAGCACUUCGCAGGGAAAAAUGGACAGAAGUCAGCUAUCCGAAAAAGUAA